GGUAUCAUCUCUUCCUCUCCAUACGUUACAUUCUUUCGUCCCUUCCUGUGUCUGAGCAGAAGGAGUUCGCAACCGCUUCCCUUCUUCCUUUUUAGCGGCGUCUCUGUUGUGCAACAUGGAGGACAAGAUAGAGACUGCAGACAAAAAGGUGCUGGUUGAUAUUGUAAAAUUAGCACAAAAAAGAGGCUUAAAGGGUAAUCUGGGAGGCUGGAAAGAAUUCUUGAACAGUCAUGAUAAAAAGUUUGGGGCAGGUUUGAGUGAUCCAUCAAAGAGAUCCCAUGAGGUAUUGGCUGCAUUUCUAAAGACAUUUUCAAAGGAGGAAGAUUUAAAGUUUUUUGAUAACAUCAUGCGACAUCAUUCAAAUCAAUAUAUGUUGGAGCGACUGAAAGAUAAAUCUCAUGAUUCCCCUGAGCAGAGGCUAGUCCAAGCAACUCUGCAGCAUCCAUUAUAUCCAUUGGAUUAUUCAUUUCCAUCAAUUGAUGAGGGGUGGAUAGUUGUAAACUUCAAAAACAAACCCAAGGUGAUGAAGUCUACUGAAAUGGUUGCUGUUGACUGCGAAAUGGUUCUCUGUGAAGAUGGGACUGAAGCAGUAGUUAAAGUCUGUGUGGUAGACCAUAAUUUAGAGGUCAAACUAGAUAAACUUGUAAAACCAGACAAAGAAAUUGCAGACUACAGAACAGAGAUUACUGGUGUCUCUUCUCAAGAUCUAGAGGCAGUGACUUGCUCCUUGGCUGAUAUACAGAAAUACAUGAAGAAGUUGUUAUCAAGUGGAAUCAUAUUAGUGGGACACAGUUUACAUAAUGAUCUACGUGUGCUGAAGCUUGAUCAUGUUAGAGUGAUUGACACUUCUUAUAUCUUCCAAUCCUUGGAUGGAUCUAUUCACAAGAGACCUUCUUUGAAUAGCUUAUGUCAGGCUGUGUUGCACCAUGAAGUUAGGGAAAAGGGUGCUCCACAUAAUUGUCUAGAUGAUGCAAAAGCAGCUAUGGACCUUGUUCUUGCGAAGAUCAAACAUGGAGUUGAUAAGGAAUUUCCAAUUGCAUUAGUUCAAGAGCAUGUUCCAGAAAGUGAGCUGGCAAAGCUUCUUCUUCACAAGAUACCAAACACUGUAAACAUUGAAACGUUGCAUAAAAUUCUUCCUGGCAAUUUCAAAAUUGAACUGAAGCCUUCCAGGAAAGGUCAAGGAGCAAAUUAUUCCGCCUUUGCAAUUUUUAGAAGUCCACCAGAGGCAGAUGGGGCCUAUGAAAAUGUCCAAGGAAGCCAAUUAAAGGAUACAUAUGGACAUCCCCAGAAGCUUGUAACAUUCCGUCUAAGUACAGGCUUAUCUGUCAAUCUCUUUGUUCGGAAAAUGGUAACUGAAGAACCCAAUGACCAGACUCCAUCUAAGAGGGCUUUACAAAUUAAUGAGGCAGUUGAUGUUUCAAAGAAAGCAAAGAUGGAUCCAAAAAUUGAAGAGGAUGCCUCUGCAGGCUUUGGCAAGGGUGACACUGAUGCCCAUUCGAAAGAAAUUGAAGCACUCAAUCAACAAUUGAAGCAAAGUGAAAUGGUGAUUGAAUCAUUGAGGAAACAGUUGACACAAAAAGAUUUUGAAAUAUCCAUGCUGCAUAAAAUGAUAUCCUCUAAAAAGAAAAAGAAACAAACAGUGUAGCCGUGGCAUGGAAUGGUGGAUGGUCAAAUGAAUUCGAAGGCAAAUAUAGUUGUGGUAAUUUCUUAUAAAGUUAUGGUAAUUUCUUAAAAACCGGUUGGGGGAACCCCGGACUUGUGAUACAUCCAUAUAUAGUUGUCAUGUUAACUGCCGAGGUUCCAAAACUUAAAAUCUGAAAUUCCAAAUCUGGAAUUAAAAUUUUGCCCCCAAAUUUGAGUAAGUGGACUGAUGAAUUUUUUUGUCCACAACUAGCGUUUUAGUCAUUACUUAAAUUAUAUGUUCUAUUGACAUUCGCUCGUGUGAAACUAUGUCAUUGUUUCAAACAUUUCUUUUAAUAUUAAAUUCUAUCUUUUGUUUUGCACCCAA